GCAAUGCCAGGCUUUAUUACGUAGCGUUCUCUGCCACAGUGAUACCAGCGUAUGUUGUGUGGUAUGGAAAGUAACAAGAAAAUAAAAGCAAAGAACAUGAUCAUACGCGUCAAUGAAGUUAAAUAUUUGUUCAACUCGCGUUGUUUAAUUUACUCAGCCAGUGUUUAAUUUAGGUUAAGUUAUACAUAACCGCAUGAAGACAAAUAUAUAGAAUGCCAAACGCACAUUAUCAAACUUUUGAUCUAAUGCAUAGGGUAUGGGCGAUGUUUUAACAUAACGAAGACCAGGUUCACUAAAACAGCGAAGAGGAGAUUAGCAGCAAAACGACAUACGUUAAAGUAGUUUUUGAGGCCUUUAACAGUACGUUAUUGUUUUCUGUUAGAUUUUGGCGCUAAUAUUAAUGCCACUUCUUGUAUAAAUACUACAGAUACUAUGAUAUGAUACGGAAGAUAAAACUGCUUGUGAGGCGAGCAGCUCGCUUCGGGCUGUUCGCAUCUUUUGCUUUUGUAACUUGUACGAUGUUGCUUGUUGCAACAGGUUACUCAAGGAACCCAUUCAUGGUUUCGAAAAACACAAGAGAGCUUGAGAAAGUCGAAGUAACUAGGGAAGCGGGAUACCUGCGAAAACCGCUGAGUCCGGAGGUAUCAGACGUGGAAGAUGCAACUCCGGAUGUUGCUCCUGUAAAAGAAGAUGUUCUUGAGAGCGAAGAUGAGUUCAUGAAGAGAAUUGAAAAAAGGAUGCGAAAGAGAAGAGAGCAUCUUCAACAAGCAUGCGAGAGAUUGGGAUUACAACCGAAUAAGACAGACGGGCAUAUUCUGGAUCAUUUGCCUCGUCCGAUGCCAUGGUCAUUUGUAUCCAAUAAGCAUAAGCUUAUGUAUUGCGAAAUACCUAAAUCUGGCUGUACGAAUUGGAAAAAAGUGCUCAUGGUUUUGAAUGGAGUCCUGAACAACACAGACAACAUUAAACAAGGUGAAGCUCACACAAAAAGUCUACAAAUGCUACGAAUGAUGCCAAAUGCCGAACGCAAACGAUUCUAUGAAGCAGCUACUAAGUUAUUAGUAGUUAGGCAACCAUUUGAGCGUUUGGUGUCAGCAUAUGCAGAUAAGGUGGCAGCUAAACCUCCAGCAAAUGACUCGGUAUUUUUCCAAUUUUCAUCUGAAGUAGCAAAGAAAUAUGGAAGAAGGCAAAUAGAUUCGGAUACAACAAUAUUAAACGAUGGAACGAGAUCAACUACAGUUUGUUCUUUAAACCAAGCACAUUUAGAAUGCUCAAGUCCUGGUGAUGUUAUUAACAUUGUUAGUGCAAGUUAUGGACGAUGGGAUAAUGUGACGUGUGUGCCUGAAGGCGUACAUGCACCAUUACAGAUGUGCAGAAUCCCAGGAGUUAAAGAAAUAUCGUCUCAGAUAUGUAACGGCAAGAAAUUGUGUCAAGUGGUAGCUUCAAAGGCUCAGUUCCUAAGAUCUACAUUAUGUGAUCAAACACCUAGCUAUCUCACCAUCAACUACCAAUGUUUAAACUUGAACAAUGCUGAAGUAGUGACAGUUUGUCAGCCAGAGAUUAGGACCAUUCAAUGUCAACCUAACUAUUCAAUCAAUAUACUUUCUGCAUUGUAUGGAAGAAUACAAGAUACAAGCACAUGUGCAAAAGGGAGAGCAAUCUACAACCUUCAAUGUUCAUCAGACACAGCCACAGCAUCUGUAUCUUCUGCAUGCAACAACCAGAACUCUUGUCAGAUUCAAGCAACAGCAAAGUGGGUGCAAAGUGAUGGCUGUCCUGCAACUUCCAAGUAUUUGAGGGUCUGGUACGUUUGUAAACCAGAUAAGAUAACACGUCGCCGCAGAGCAGCUGAAGCACCGCGUAAAAAGCAUCUAAAGCUCAUAAAGCCGGAGGAUCCAUUAAAAAAAGACACUACUGACGUAACAACAGGAGCAGCGGCACUUGAGCCCCCAGACAUCUAUAAGCAACCAGUGUAUAUAUACAGGCACUUACCCCUUCAUGCUACAUUUGAUGAAUUUGUCGCAUACUUGAUUGAUCCAGCUAACAAAGAUGUAACAUCAGACAACAUUUACCAUGGGAAAGAAACAUUAAAAUCAACAAGUGUGCGUCAUUGGCAGUCCUUCCUAACCUUAUGUCAUCCCUGUCACAUAAAAUAUGAUGUCAUUGCACAUAUGGAUACAAUCGCAGAAGAUUCAAGAUACAUACUGAAACGAAUUGGGGCUCCAGAAGACUUGGAGUAUCCUAAAGGUUAUCAUUCAACUGGUGCCAGUGGUACAAGUAUUCACUCCAUGAGCCAACAUUUUUCACAACUGUCGCUGAAUGCGAUUCAACAACUUUAUAAACUUUACAAACCAGACUUCGACCUAUUUGGUUUUCCAGAACCGAACGAGGUUAAAUUGGUUAACGAGUUUUUAAAGAAUAGGUGACAUAACAUGCAAGUAUUACAGUAGGUACUUUAUGGCUACAGCUCCAUCUACUUUUUCUCUUUAUUUAUAACUAGUUGCUUUAAGUGUUUUUAACAGCAGCUAAGGUUUAUUUAAUGGUUUCUACAUAUAAAAAAUGAGAAAACGAAAACAUAUUACUUAAAGCUGUUACUGUAAAAUAUUUACCAAGAUUUACAUGGUAGUAUUAGCACAAUAGGCAUGCAGCUAGAGAUUGUAAUUUAAAAUGCUUGAGGUAAGACUGCCGUAUUUGUAUUCAGCGACUGGGGUUAUAUGGUACUGGUUACGACUGGGGUUAUAUGGUACUGGUUACGACUGGGGUUAUAUGGUACUGGUUACGACUGGGGUUAUAUGGUACUGGUUACGACUGGGGUUAUAUGGUACUGGUUACGACUGGGGUUAUAUGGUACUGGUUACGACUGGGGUUAUAUGGUACUGGUUACGACUGGGGUUAUAUGGUACUGGUUACGACUGGGGUUAUAUGGUACUGGUUACGACUGGGGUUAUAUGGUACUGGUUACGACUGGGGUUAUAUGGUACUAUAAGUAGAAGGCUUAGGUUUCUUACAGGGCUCGUUAUGGAAGACCAGAGUUUCUGGAACUAAGAUAACCCAGAUAACAAAAGUUAUUAUAAUCUGGGUUAAAAUGUCUGUAACCACCAGAACACAUUCCAAUAAACUUUAAUUAUUUUUUCGAGCUGGAAUGGCAAUCUAAUAAAUCUUCGCUUAAAUCCAGCCCUUGCUUAUACACCUUGUUCAGCUACCUUGAGGUUUUAUUUAUUUAUUUCUAAGGAUUUACUUUAAACUUAUAUUAUUUUUGUGUUUUUAUGAAAAUUUCCCCAUUUUGUGCAAUUUGCCAAUGUAGUAUGUGCACCAUAGUACUUUCUUACCAUAAGACAGUACUAUGUGUAGUAACUACAGAUACUGUAAAAUGUAAUGCGCUUUUACGUUUGGCUUCUCAGUAUAGCAACGCCUCCUCCUAACAGUUACAUGCCACGCAGUUAGUACAAGGCCUAUACAUCUACAUUGUUUGGUCUAAAACAUGGCCAGACUUGUUUUUAUUAACUGCUUUAAAGUUUGACAAACUGUGUGACAAAAUCGCCAAGUCAUCCGUGUUAUAAACCUCACUAAAAAUAAAAUAUGAUAGGGCUCUAAUGCUUGUAUUUUGCGUAUAGGUAGCUAAGAAAGCCACUGCAGUAUUUAUUCUGUUGUUAUUUUCUGAUAUUAUGCAGAAUAAAACAAAAUUGCAAACGUUC